AUGGCGCCAACAAUCCAAAUUAAUAGAGCUUUGAGUGAUCGAGCAAAGCGACCGGGGACGAAAGAGAAAAGAUCAGAACUGCUAUCCCGAGUCAAGUAUUGCAACACACUACCGGACAUACCGUUUGAUGUUAAGUUCAUCAACUACCCAUUCGACGCAAAGAGAUUCGUUCAAUACAACCCAACAACAUUAGAGAGCAGCUACAAGCACGAGAUUCUAACCGAGCACGACUUGGGUGUAGAAGUAGAUCUGAUAAAUCGUGACACAUACGCCCUGGAUCCUUGUGCCGAGUUGCACCCAGACGAUGAAAGACUUCUAGAGGACGAAGUUUACAUGCCCCAGGACUCAGUCCGAUCGCGCUACCACGCAAAAAGUGUGUCUUGGCUCCGAAGAACGGAGUAUAUCUCAACAGAGCAGACCCGGUUCAAUCCGCAAACCAUGGACAAAGUAGAGGCUAAAGUUGGAUUCACCUUGAAGAAGAACUUCGUUUCGGAGAACCUUUACAAGGAUCGUGACAGCCAGAUCCGAGCUAUCGACAAAACCUUCGCGGACAUAAAAAAACCAAUCAAGAAACACUUCAGGAAAGCUGACGUUGUGCCAGUAGAAAUAUUGCCAGUACUUCCAGACUUCAACAUGUGGAAGCAUCCUUGCGCUCAUGUCAUCUUCGAGUCUGAAGCUGCGUCGAAGAAAACUUCUCCAGCUGAGUAUGAAGCUAUGUCUCAAGCUGUGCUUUGGGGUGUUCAGGAUGAAAAUGGCGAGCAGUUUGUUGCCUACUUCCUUCCGCUGGAAGAGACCAUGGAGAAACGCAGAAGAGAUUUUGCUGCGGAGGUUGAAUACGAAGAUGAUGAAGAGUAUGAAUACAAGAUGGCCAAAGAGUACAAUUGGAAUGUCAUCCAGAAAGGGGCUAAUGGCAAUGAGGAUAAUUAUUUCUUAGUCAUGAGAAAUGAUGGCGUGUACUACAAUGAACUUGACACACUCGUGCGACUCCGUAAGCGUCGUCAAGCUCCUGGACAGCAGCUGAACAACACACUUUUGGCUAAGGCUCUCAAGCUUCCUCUAGAGCAUCAUCUCGCUCUAGAAGCCGUUCAAAGUCACGCUCUCGAUCAAAGUCUCAAUCACGAUCUAGAUCGCGCUCACGUUCAAAAUCUCAAUCACGAUCUAGAUCACGCUCCCCUCCAAAGUCUCAAUCCCGAUCUAGAUCUCGCUCGCGAGCUAGAUCUCACUCUCGAUCAAAAUCAAAUUCCGUCAGUCCAGCAAAGUCUAGAUCAGCGACUCCUCAGUCACGAUCGCCAUCACCUGCAUCAUCAGCACGUUCAAGAUCUGCUUCAAGGUCACCAUCUAGAUCACGCUUAAGGUCAAGAUCCGUCAGCGGAAGUGGUAGUGGUAUCGGAAGUGGCAGUGGCUCGGACAGCGACUAA